AUGCCAUUUAGACGAGUUCAAGUAAGUGGUUGUCGCUCUCUUACAUGGUCUAAAAAGCUAAAGUUCAAGACUUAUAUCAACAAGCAAAAAGGAACUCAAGAAAUUGUUAAAAGGCCCUUUGACAACAGCAAAAAGUAUGGCACAUCAAGUACAGUUGGCGCUAAAAACCAAAAUCCAAACAAAAGCAAACAUGUGCCUCUACCUUCUGCUGAUCUCCAUUCCUCCUCUCAACAGAAGCGAAUCAUUGCGUUCGGAAAUGGUUCUUUUUGUUCAAGUAUGAGAGGCAAACGAGCUGCACCUACUAGACGUAGUAUUGAAGAAAUCAAACGAAAAUGCAAACAAUCUAAUGAGGGAACCGAAUUUGUUUCGGUUGACGAAUAUUUAACGAGCCAGAUCUGUAACAAGUGCAAACCCAAACAAUUAAAUAAUAUCUCCAUUACUGGAUCAAAGCGAAGAGUACACUCUGUCCUCAAGGGUGAAUCUUGUGGUACGGUUUGGAAUCGCGAUGUGAACAGUGCAUUAAAUAUAUAUGGUAUCUUUGUUUACAAAUCAAAACACGACAACGAAAGCUCUCCCCCUUCAAAAGACUAG